AUGGCAUACGUUAAUUAUGCUCUGGUGUUUACCUUUUUCCUCUUCUCUCUGGCCAAGCUUGAUAUGCACGUAGCCCUUGCGGGAAAUGAAGCACCCACAUUAUUCAUGUUUGGAGACUCAGUUUUUGAUGUGGGAACCAACAAUUUUCUUAACACUAAAGCAAAGGCCAACUUCCCCUACUAUGGGAUUGAUUUCCAUGAUUCACUUCCCACCGGAAGGUUCAGCAAUGGCUUCAACACUGCUGACCAAAUUGCGAGGCAAUUUGGUUAUGAGCAGAGUCCACCAGCAUUUUUGGCUACGAAGAAAAAUCAACACAGCUUCAACGACAUUUUGCAGGGUCUAAAUUUUGCUUCAGCGGGAUCUGGAAUUCUUCAACAGACGGGGUCCUUGCAAUGGGGAGAAGUGGUUUUCCUUGAAAAGCAGGUGGAACAAUUUGCAUCGGUCCGUGAAAGUAUCACUCAGGAAUUGGGACCAGAAAAUGCUACUACGUUUAUUUCAAAGGCUUUGUUUGUCAUUAGCGCUGGAAGUAACGACCUCUUCGAAUUUGCACGUAAUGACAGUGGUGCCAUUCAUUUUGGCAAGGAAGGAUAUUUGGUUGUUCUGCGACACUCAUAUGACUUAAAUCUAAGGAAACUUUAUGAGUUAGGGGCUCGGAAAUUUGGCAUUCUAGGCCCUGCGUCCAUAGGGUGCUGUCCUGCGUUAAGCUCUGGCAAUGGAGGGAACUGUGUGACCGCACUCAAUGAUUUUGCAGUUGAAUUCUACUCAUUAACUCGAGAUUUUCUGCCAAACUUGAGUGCUGAAUUGGAAGGGUUCAAGUACUCGCUUGUCAACACAUCUAAAAUCACGGCGACCUUGUUAGAGAGCCCAUCGGCCCACGGGUUGAAUGAUACAAAGUCAGCAUGUUGUGGAAUUGGAUAUCUGAAUGCAGAGGGUCCAUGCAUGAAAGCCCAGAAGGCUAAUCUUUGCACAAAUCGUAAGGAUCACUUGUUUUGGGAUUUGGUUCAUCCUACUGAGAUAGUUUCCGAGUUUGUAGCAAAGACUCUGUUUGGGGGAGGCCAAGAGUUUGUGACUCCAAUCAAUUUUAGUCAGUUAGCCUUUUCUAGUUGA